UCUGUCUCGCUCUUUACUCUCGACAUGCCUCCUCUCUGGAGGAGAAGGGUACGUGAAGCAGUUCGUUGCCUCACUCUGGACUGCCCUCGCUCUUCACUCGAAUGAGGACGAACCUCGUUUCGGGAACUUUCCACGGUCACCUCUGCACUAUCGCCGCCGUUCCGUCCUCCUUCUUGUUCCUCGAAGUCUCGCGAGUUCCUCCACCUCUCUUUCUCGGUCUCGGCAUGUUCCCUGCGCAUCCACUUUUCAGUGGGUUCUCUCCGUUCCUCUAACGCGUGUAAAACGCUUGCCGAGUCGUCUGCCUUUGCGCUGGGAAGCUUGUUCGGCUCUCCGGUUCGGGGGAGAGAGGGGGCUUGCCAUGCUUUGUCACAGUAUUUCUGCGGGAGAGUUUUCCUCCUUGUUUGGAAGUGGGCGUUGAAGAGUCUGUGCAGAGAGAAAAGAGUUUUGAACGUUUUCCGCCUUCUUCGUUCUCAUCCUUCGUAGGUUUCUGUACCGAGCUUCGCCUCCGUCUUCUUCCUCUCCCUCUCGCGGUGCGUUGCUCUUCUUCCUCGUUCUUCUUCCUCGUUCUUCUUCCUCAUUCUUCUUCCUCAUUCUUCUUCCUCAUUCUUCUUCCUCGUUCUUCUUCCUCGUUCUUCUUCCUCGUUCUUCCUUCCUCGUUCUUCCUUCCUCGUUCUUCUUCCUCGUUCUUCCUUCCUCUUCGGACUUCUGCCUCUCUUCUGCUCCACAACUCUUGCGCGUCGGUUCUCCUCUCUGUGUGUGUCUCUCUCGACUGUGUGCCAAGAUGCUCCGCGGAGACAGCGGGGCUGGCGCGGACGCCUCGGCGGCGCAGCUCUCAGACAUCCCCGAGUUGCUCAAAAAGGCAGACGCUUUGAUGAAGCCUGCAGGCUUCUUCAGCUCUCUCCUCGGCAGAGGAAGUGACCCGGACGCUGCCCUCUCGAUCUACAUGCAGUGCGCUCAACGAUACAAGCUUGCUCGACAGUGGAACGACGCAGCAGACUGCUACGUCCGAGCGUCGCUGGCGGCCGAGCGCGGAGAAGACACGAGCACUCAGGCACAAAUGCUUGCAGAGGCAGGAAACGUCUUGAAGCGCGUGAGUACGAGCGACGCAGAAGAGCAGCUGGUCGCGGCGGCUGCAGUGUACAUACAGCAGGGGCGUUGGAGCCAGGCGGGGAAGCUGUACCGCAGCGUGGCGGAAAUGUACGAAGAAGGGGAGGCGCUUUCAGGACUGGGGAACGACGGCAAGUGUGUGAGCAAAGUGAUGACUUUCUACAAAAAGGCUGCAGACACCUACGAGCUGGAUGAGUACGGAAAGAGCGCGUUCUCUCAGUGUCGCUGCAAAUUCGCUGAAUAUGCGGCGAAGAGCGAAGACACGAUUCACGACGCCAUCCAAAUCUUCGAGCAAGAGGGAGACAAAGCUACUCGAAACAACCUUCUCCAGUUCAGUGCGAAAGAUUUCUACUUGAAGGCCCUCGUGUUGCUGCUUUCUUCCGGCGACGCUGUUUCGGCGCAGAUUGCCUUAGAACGCUACGUGGCAAGAGAUCCGCGGUUCGAGGGGAGUCGCGAAGGACGCUUGGCAACUGCAUUGGUGGCGGCGAUGCAGGAAGGGGAUGCAGAAGCCUUCACUGCAGCGCUGGACGAUUUCGACAGAAUCAGCAAACUUGAUCCCUGGAAAAUUCACUUUCUCCUGAAAGCAAAAAGGCGCCUGAUGCACGGAGACGAAGGAGGCGACCACGUGGGCAUUGGGGACGACGGAGAAGUCGACCUCUCUUAGGGCCGCAGACCAUCUGAGAAGUCCGUGCUCUCGCUGUUUCUACGAGUGUCAACAGGAUAACAGGGAACCAUCUGUGCAAUGUUGAGGCGAGGACAUAACCAGUGUGGAACGAUCCAAUUUCGUAGAGUGUGGACAUCCAGGACUUCCAGUCCUGAGAAACAACGGAAGGACGAUCUAGAUGAGGAGUCUGUCUGCUUGUCUGGGUCAUAAGCAUGGGGGGAAGGAGCGAAGAUCAAGGCUUUGCGUGGGUGUGUGUGUGUUUGCGUUUGUGUGGUAAUCGGAAUAGAGGCUUUCAGCUUUGAGAGAGGAAACAAGGUCGUUUCGGGAUACAGUUGAAGAGAAGAAGGAAAGACACGGUCCGGGCGCUCGACACCCCUGUACUUCAUGCGCGUGACAUGAUGGUCACGAAAAAAAGAAUAGUGGAACUUGCAUAGGGAGACCAAACACCUACCAAAUCGAAACCAGAAGCCCAACUCGUGGUAUAUACCGUUCAGACAAAAGAGUGUCGAUAAACCUAGGAAUCUCAUUUAUAGUGUGUCGCUUCGUUGCGGCUUCAGCGAGGUGCGUCCGAUUGAAAUCAAGCAGAGCCAAAGUGGAGGAGAACGGAGGAAACAGCGUUUAGACACUGAGAACGAGGUUUGGAAGUUGAGGGUGGGGUGGCGCACGUUGUCUUGUUUUUUUCGCGCAGUUCUUGGUUUUCGAUGGACAGAUGGUCCAAGUGCUGAGAGUCGGAUCGGACAAAGCGCACUCCCUGGCAGCACCCGGGGAAAGCAGACACACGGGAGGCGCUAGAAAGGGAUCUGCUUUGAGUUCCUUGAUUUUUGCGAGAAAACAAGAAACGAAAGAGAAAAGUAGAGUCUUGAGACAUCGGGAAGAGCGCUCCCGAUUUCCGGACCUCUUUCGCCGUGUCACUCUGUUUUUGGAGGCAUCCGUUUCGGCGAAGAGAAACGCAGUAGACGAGGCGAACGGGUUUAAAAACUACCAAAGAAAAGAAAAGGAGUCAGUGUGUUUUGCAGGCGGAAAAGGAAAUGCAAGUGUCGUAGACACUCCCUUCAGUUUUCUUGAAAAACAGCAAGAGGAAAAACACCAAUCGAGAGCUUCAGUACACGGUCGGCCUAAAAACUGCAGCAGGCGUUAUCGCUUUUUCUGUCUGUUCGUGUUUCGCUCGUUGCUGACUGCUUCCCCUUCGCUCUUGCAUUAUGUUUUUCUCGACGUCUUUCCCGGAUGUUUGCAGCGCGAGUCCGUCUGGUUUUCUCUUUUCAACUCCGCUGCUUGCCCUGUCUUGAGGCGCGGCCUCGUCUCGCAUCGAAAAACGGCGCCCGGGAAAGCAAAUCCAUUCAACAGAUACCAGGUUUCUGAGCGUCAGAAGGAAUUUUUGUGGAUCGGUUUCGCUCGUCUAUCUUCGCAAGGCAUAAACGGCUGAGAGACUGGGCCGGGCCGGAAAAUCGGACACUAUGAACAAAUCGACUUUUACACGAGUGUUUUCAACUGAGGAAUUUCUCAGAUGCGGUGUAGCGUCCCUGUCACUACAAACAUCCUUCAUGUGGUAUCAGUUCAACCGGUGGUUGGCUUCAAGCCCUCAGGAAAUGGAAGCUUGGCAACACACCAUCAUGGCGGCCAGUCGUCUCUUGUCACAAACUACCGCACACAGAAGGGUUUCAAGAGCUCUUGCUAGUGAUGAACAGAAGAAGAAUGACAUUCCGGGUGCGCGGCUGGCAAUUUAUUCACCCUCCGUGACAUGGGGCCGAACGAGAUUUCCUUCCCUUCAGAUGUUUGAGGCGGGAGAAAAAACCGGGUUUCCGUGUUCGACUCUCGAGCUGCGUCGCCACAGCUGCACGCUUUCAGCUUGGGAUCGAUUUCACCUGGCAAAACACAGGUAAUUGUGGACGGACAAAGAGUAAUUCGAGUUGUUUAGCUAUGUGACUUAACUCGGAGUUUUUGUUGCCGGCGCGGGGCUAGGUGAUGUUUGUUCUGAAUAAGAAUGGCUAGAACGAGGUGUUCCUCGUUCAAAGAAACGCAGCUGGAUCAGGGAACCCCUGUCUGCAAAAGGCAAUACGAUGUCUUAAAAUUACACAAGAACUUCGUCUGUUCAAAUCGAGGAAGAACACAAACAUGCGCCUCCUGUUGGUUUGUGCUGUGUUAUCACAUGUGUUCGGUACAAAUGUCAAAGCAGCCGAGUGCGGUUGGUAUAUGCAGUCGUGACUAGCAUGGUAAGCGCCUUCUGCCGGUUCCAAAACAUUUUUCUUCCUGAAGCCGGUAAACACACACUCUCUUACUUCAAUGCGUGCCAACACACAGCGGACCGAGUACGAAAAAUCCAGGAUGCAAAAAAACGUACCACAUCAUGGUGGAGAGAAAUAUUUGGCCAAUAUCCCUACGGGGAAGUCUCUCUU